ACAGGACAUAGCAUCGGCAUCAGCAGUGCACGCAGCACUGCAAGGGACCUCCCUAGCAUCGUCAGACAGAGGGCCCAUCCGCAUCCAGUUCUCCAAGAACCCCCUGGGCGUCAAGGGGCCCGGUUUCGGGGGCGGCAUGGGAGGAGUGGGAGGCGUGGGAGGCGCAGGACACGUGGGACACGUGGGAGGGGAGAUAGGGCCGUUGGAGCCCCCCCCAGCAGGCACGGAUGGGGGGGCAGCAGGGGGAGCAGCAGGAGGAGUGUCAGGAGCAAUAGGGGCGGAGGCGGCUGCUGCAGCGGCCCUGGCGGCAUCUGCAGGGUUGGCUUAGUUUGCUUUAUGGGCGUCAAAGGGCAAGGAGCUUGGCUUUGGGAGAGGCAUGGGAGGCAUGGGAGGCUGGGAGGCUGGGAGGCUGGGAGGCUGGGAGUCGCGGGAGUCGCGGGAGUCGCGGGAUUCGUGGGAGUCGUGGGAGGGUCUGUGGGGCGACAGGGACGGAGGCGGCUGCUGCAGCGGCGUUUGCGGUAUCUGCUGGGUUGACUUAGUCUGCAUAAUGGAUUCAGGGGGCAUGGCUUUGGUUGAGGCGUGGGAGGAGAGAUGGGGUUGGUGGAGCCCACACCAGCGGGCACAGACACAGGAGGAGCAGGGGGAGCAUCAGGAGCAGCAAUAGGAGUGGAGGCGGCUGCUGCAACGGCGUUGGCGGCAUCUGCUGGGUUGACUUAGUCGUCUCUAUAGGCGUCAAGGGGGCGGCAGGGCUUUGGGGGAGCCUUGGGAGGAGAGAUAUGGCCUGUGGAGUCCCCACCAGCAGGCACGAAUGCAGGGGGAGCAGGGGGGCAUCAGGAGCAGCAGCAGGGGCAAUAGGGACGGAGGCGGCUGCUGCAGCAGCAGCAGGUGCUGGGUUGACUUAAGGUGCUGUUCCGAAGCGAGUUGGUUUUUGAGGCGCCUCAAAAAUAGACUUAAGGUGCUGUUCCGAAGCGAGUUGGUUUAGCAGAGGGGAAGACGGGUAGGGUAGGCUAGUUACUGGAGAGUGUUUUGCCCAAGCCAGUUGCUAUGGGGUAGCAGCGAGAAGCUGAAGCCAGGGAGCAGAAGCGAGGGGCCGAAGCCCUUCUAGUCAACUUAGAAGUCGCUGUGGCAGGAUGCUGGCAUUUCUGUAGGGAACUAGUGUUGCGAGUUGCUGCUGGUAUGGGAUGGGCAGCGGUGUGUUGGGAGGAGUGACGGUGUGUUGGGAGGAGUGACGGUAUGUUGGGAGGAGUGGCGGUGUGUUGAGAUGGGUGACGGUGUGUUGGGAGGAGUGCCGGUGUGUUGAGAUGGGUGAUUCUGUGGGUGGUUUCUGUUGAUGGAGCAUGGAGCAUGGAGGCUAUUUUCUGAGCUGCCUUAAAUGAGCCCCAUCGAGAGGGCAUGCAUAUAUUGGAUUUCUCACGGGCAGCCGGCUGCAGAUUGCAUGCGCAUGGAUGGUAAGUGGGCUGGAAGGGGUUUUUGUUAAGGGAGCAUGGAGGUAGCAUGGAGGGAGCAUGGAGGGAGCAUGGAGGGAGCAUGGAGGGAGCAUGGAGGGAGCAUGGAGGGAGCAUGAAGGGAGCAUGAAGGGAGCAUGAAGGGAGUAUGGAUGCACAUGUUUUGGCAUCGAGAGGGCACGCAUAUGGCAUGCAUAGACCAUACAGGGUUUUAUGUUGACAAUGCAUAUGUCUUGACGUUUUGGUCACAUGGCUGUUGAGCUACAUGGCAUGCCAUGGCAUUGCAGUAGCUUGCCAUCCAACAUCCUGAGAAAUUGUCACCAUCAGCAUGGGUUGACCACCAUUGGCAUUAGGAUGGUAGCAUGCGGCAUGGAGGGGUUCUAUGUUAUGGAUGCAUAUGCCAUGUGUUUGACGUUUUGGUCACAUGGCUGUUAAACUACAUGGCAUGCCAUGGCAUAGCAGUAGCUUACCAUCCCAUCCAUCAUAAUUAACCGCCACAACACCAUCAGCAUGGGUCGUCCGCCAUUGGCACCAUCACCAUCAACCGACCAUUGGCAUCAGCUCAAACCACCAUCCAGCAUCCUCAUCGGCAUCAGCACCAGCAUCAACAUCUCGCAGUGGCCUCAGUUCAACCAUGAGCCUCACCAUUGCUGCCAGCUGGCGCAUUUUCAGAGAGCAGGGGAUUUGUUGAGUGCGAACACGAGCCACGCUGAAGCUUUUGCGAGGCGUUUGACACCCGGUGGCCAGAGAUGGGGGCUACCAACCAACCCAUCCAGUCAACGCCCUUGGUCAACUGAACAGGUUUCAUCCACAUUGUCCACAUUGUGAUGGCAUUGCUUGCAACCGUCCCCCGCAUCGCAAACAUGAAGGCACUUCAAUCUUGUCUUUUUCCCAACGCCCAUGGGGAUGAGAUCAUUGCCAUGAGGGGCACUGUCAGGGUCAAGGCAUCACCAAGAUGGCACUGAUAGCAUUGGCCAGGCAUGGCGGACUCCACAGCACUGCCCCCAUCAUAGCCGCUAAUAACAUGGCAUCAGCAUGGUCUCAUGGAUCAGCAUGGUCUCAUGGAUCAGCAUGGUAACACUAGCUGCAUCAAAGGCAUGGUGAAUAUGGCAGCAUUGCCACCAUCAUAGUCGUCAAUGUCAUGGCAUCAGCAUGUGCUCAGGCAUCAGCAUGCGCUCAGGCAUCAGCAUGCGCUCAGGCAUCAGCAUGCUCCCAGGCAUCAGCAUGCUCCCAGGCAUCAGCAUGCUCCCAGGCAUCAGCAUGCUCCCGGGCAUCAGCAUGCUCCCAGGCAUCAGCAUGGUCCCAGGCAUCAGCAUGCUCCCAGGCAUCAGCUUGCUCCCAGGCAUCAGCAUGCUCCCAGGCAUCAGCAUGCUCCCAGGCAUCAGCAUGCUCCCGGGCAUCAGCAUGCUCCCAGGCAUCAGCAUGCUCCCAGGCAUCAGCAUGCUCCCAGGCAUCAGCAUGCUCCCAGGCAUCAGCGUGCUCCCAGGCAUCAGCGUGCUCCCAGGCAUCAGCAUGCUCCCAGGCAUCAGCAUGCUCCCAGGCAUCAGCUUGCGCUCAGGCAUCCGCUUGCUCUCAUGCAUCAGCAUGCUCCCAGGCAUCAGCAUGCUCCCAGGCAUCAGCAUGCUCCCAGGCAUCAGCAUGCUCCCCGGCAUCAGCAUGCUCCCAGGGAUCAGCUUGCGCUCAGGCAUCAGCAUGCUCCCAGGCAUCAGCAUGCUCUCAGGCAUCAGCUUGCUGGCAGUGGCAUCGUGCUUUGUUGUAAAUUGCCAUCACAACCAAAAUUGCUUCUUUUCAAAUUGACAUCACCAUCAAUUGACAUCACCAUCAAUGGACAUCACCAUCAAUUGACAUCACCAUUAAUGGACAUCACCAUCAAUUGACAUCACCAUUAAUGGACAUCACCAUCAAUUGACAUCACCAUCAAUGGACAUCACCAUCAAUUGACAUCACCAUCAAUGGACAU